AUGAAUGAGGAUACUAUGCAGUCAGCAACUGUGCUCUGUGGAGGGGGUGAGAGCUUUCUGUGUGCCAGUGGCAUCUGCGUCCCCAGGAAACUGCAGUGUAACGGCUACAAUGACUGUGACGACUGGAGUGACGAGGCCCAUUGCAAUUGCAGUGAGAAUCUGUUUCACUGUCACACGGGCAAGUGCCUUAAUUACAGCCUUGUGUGUGAUGGAUAUGAUGACUGUGGGGAUCUGAGUGACGAGCAAAACUGUGAUUGCAAUCCCACAGAAGAGCAUCGCUGUGGAGACGGGCGCUGCAUCGCCAUAGAGUGGGUGUGUGACGGUGACCAUGACUGUGUGGAUAAGUCCGACGAGGUCAAUUGCUCAUGUCACAGCCAGGGUCUGGUGGAAUGCAGAAAUGGACAGUGUGUCCCCAGCACUUUCUGGUGCGACGGAGAUGAAGACUGUAAGGACGGAAGUGAUGAGGAGAGUUGCAGCGAUGGUCAGACUCCGUGUCAAGAAGGAGACCAACGAUGCCUCUACAGUUCCUGCCUUGAUUCAUGUGCUGGUGGCUCUCUUUGUGACCCAGGCAACAGUCCGAAUAACUGUAGUCAAUGUGAGCCAAUUACGUUGGAACUCUGCAUGAAUUUGCCCUACAACUAUACAAAUUAUCCAAAUUACCUUGGCCAUAGGACUCAAAAGGAAGCAUCCAUCAGCUGGGAAUCCUCUCUCUUCCCUGCACUUGUUCAAACCAACUGUUACAAAUACCUCAUGUUCUUUGCCUGUACCAUCUUGGUACCAAAGUGUGAUGAGAUCACAAGCCAGCGGAUUCCCCCUUGCAGAGCUCUGUGUGAGCACUCCAAAGACCGCUGUGAGUCCGUUCUUGGGAUUGUGGGCCUACAGUGGCCGGAAGAUACCGAUUGCAGUCAGUUUCCAGAGGAAAAUUCAGACAAUCAAACCUGCCUGAUGCCUGAUGCAGAUGUGGAAGAAUGCUCACCUAGCCACUUCAAGUGCAGCUCGGGACGGUGUGUCCUGGCUUCCAGAAGAUGUGAUGGCCAGGCCGACUGUGAUGAUGACAGUGAUGAAGAGAACUGUGGAUGUAAAGAGAGAGACCUUUGGGAAUGUCCAUCCAAUAAACAAUGUUUGAAGCACACAGUCAUCUGUGAUGGGUUCCCAGACUGUCCUGAUAACAUGGAUGAAAAAAAUUGCUCAUUUUGCCAAGAUGAUGAGUUAGAAUGCGCGAACCAUGAGUGUGUGUCACGUGACCGGUGGUGUGACGGUGAAGUCGACUGCGUAGACAGCUCAGAUGAAUGGGACUGUGUGACCCUCUCUAAAAAUGUGAACUCCUCUUCAUUGCUGACCGCUCACAGAUCUGCUGUGGAACACCACGUGUGUGCGGAUGGCUGGCAGGAGACGUUGAGUCAGCUGGCCUGCAAGCAGAUGGGUUUAGGAGAACCAUCUGUGACCAAAUUGAUACAACAACAGGAGCAAGACCAACAGUGGCUGACGUUACACUCAGGCUGGGAGAGGCUUAAUGGGACCACUUUGCAUGAACUACUGGUAGAAGGGCAGUCCUGUCACAGCAGAAGUAAGAUUUCUCUUCUAUGUGCUAAACAAGACUGUGGGCGCCGCCCUGCUGCCCGAAUGAACAAGAGGAUCCUGGGGGGUCGGACCAGUCGCCCUGGACGGUGGCCCUGGCAGUGUUCCCUGCAGAGUGAACCCAGUGGACACAUUUGCGGCUGCGUCCUCAUUGCCAAGAAAUGGGUUCUGACUGUCGCCCACUGUUUCGAGGGGAGAGAGAAUGCUGCUGUUUGGAAAGUGGUGUUUGGCAUCAAUAACCUGGACCACCCGUCAACAUUCAUGCAGACGCGCCUCGUGAAAUCUAUCAUCCUGCAUCCUCGCUACAGUCGCAUGGUGGUGGACUAUGACAUCAGCAUAGUGGAGCUAAGCGAAGACAUCAAUGAAACAAGCUAUGUCCGGCCAGUCUGCCUACCCAGCCCAGAGCAAUCAUUGGAACCAGAUACGUACUGCUAUAUCACAGGUUGGGGACACAUGGGCAACAAAAUGCCUUUUAAGCUGCAAGAGGGCGAAGUCCGCAUUAUUUCCCUGGAGCAGUGUCAGUCCUACUUUGACAUGAAGACCAUUACCACGCGGAUGAUCUGUGCCGGCUACGAGUCUGGCACCGUCGACUCGUGCAUGGGUGACAGUGGUGGGCCUCUUGUGUGUGAGCGGCCUGGAGGACAAUGGACAUUAUUUGGUUUAACUUCAUGGGGCUCCGUCUGCUUUUCCAAAGUCCUGGGGCCUGGAGUUUAUAGCAAUGUGACAUACUUCGUGGAUGGAUUGAGAGGCAAAUAUACAUCCACACCUUUCUCCUAAACUAAUUCCAAAGAUGAUCAGAGAGAGACUUGCCAGCGAUACUCAAAGAAAAUGGCUUUUUAGACAGUGGCGAACUUCCUGCAGAGAGCUGUACAGAAGCACUUUUCAUGGACAGGGAUGCUUCUCCUCGCACUGCAAAUGUUCAUGUUUGUCUUAGUCUAAUUUUAUUCGGCUUUUUUUUUUUUUUUUUCAAUCUCAGUUUUCUCUGACUUGAAGUUCAA